AUGCCAGAAUCAUACCACAAGCCUAUGGUUUGGAUGUCAUAUGGCUCAUUUGAGCAACAUCCCACACGCAAGAAGGAACAGUCAGAUGAACAGUAUCAGAAUCGGUUGACCAUGGCAAAAGAGCGUCGUAUGGCAGAGAACUGCGACGAGAUGUCAUUGCGGCUGCAGCAAAGUGGCCAGCUGCGAUUAGUCAAAAACAGAAAAUAUGAAGAGGAGGACCAUGGGAGUGUCAUUGCUGUGGUAUUAAAUGGGGCCAUCUUCUAUAUCAUUGAUCACCCAAGAUGUUCAUAG